GACUCGAUACACUCGCAGGAGGGCCAAGCAGCACAGGAUGGCAAGAAGGAAAAGAGCAGGAGACCGCCCANACACGGCCUUCCGACAGCAGCGCUUGAAGGCGUGGCAGCCCAUCCNNCUCACCCCCAAGACGGUGCUACCGCUAUUCUUCGCUGUCGGAAUCAUCUUCGCCCCUCUGGGAGGACUGCUAUUAUGGGCGAGCUCGCAGGUUCAGGAGAUGUCGAUCGAAUACCAGCACUGCACACGCGAUGCCCCCUCCGACACCUUCGCAACCAUUCCCUCAAACUAUGUCUCGAGCCGCUUCAAGAAUGCCACCACCCCCUCGCAAGCUCCCCAAUGGCGCACCCGCAACCAGACCAUUCAAUACCACAACGGUGCCGUCAGCAUCGACACGCCCGUUUGCACGCUGCGCUUUUGGAUCCCGGACGACCUGGCCCCGCCCGUCCUUCUCUACUACCAACUCACAAACUUCUACCAAAACCACCGUCGCUAUGUCAAAUCGUUCGACUCGGACCAGCUCGAAGGACAAUUUGUCGAUAAUAGCACCAUCUCCAACAGCGAUUGUGACCCUCUGCGUCUCGAUGCCGACGGUAAGGCAUACUACCCUUGCGGCCUGAUCGCAAACUCGUUGUUCAACGACAGCUUUAUUACUCCGCGCCUGCUGAACGAGGUCAACGAUGCCGCGCCUGUGAACUACACUAUGGUCAACAAGGGUAUUGCAUGGGCAAGUGAUGGUGAGCUAUACAAGAAAACUCCCUACACUGUCGACCAGGUGAGCCCUCCACCAAACUGGCGCGUCAUGUACCCCGAGUACAGUGAUGAUAUCCCCAUUCCAAACAUCCACGUUUGGGAAGAAUUCCAUGUAUGGAUGCGUACCGCCGGUCUACCUUCCUUCAGCAAACUGGCUCUGCGUAACGACACUGCCACCAUGCAUAACUUCCCCGUUAACGUCUACGAUGGCACAAAAUCCAUCCUCUUGAGUACUCGCACUAUUAUGGGUGGUCGUAACCCUUUCCUCGGCAUUGCAUACAUCGUAGUCGCUGGUGUCUGCAUUGUCCUUGGUGCCUUGUUCACUGCAACCCACUUGAUCAGGCCCAGGAAACUCGGUGACCAUACCUACCUGAGUUGGAACAACGAGCAACCUAGUACUGGUAUCACUACCGGCAGAGCC